AAUCUUAUUUUUAUUUAAAAAGAAGAAAAAAUAAUUAUUUCAUUAACAAAAUUUUGGCUUAUAUAUGAACCGGGGUUUGUCCGGUUCAUUGGGUCAGCCGGUUCCCGGGUUUUUUAACCUAUAAAUAUUGUUUAACCCCACGAAGUUUUCUUAAUCAUAGAAUUGUAGCUAAGAUCACAAUGAAUCCUUCUAGCUUACCGUCCAAGUCAACCAUUGGUGUAGAAAAAGCCAUUAAGAACCAAAAGGACAUAGCGCUGAUCGUUUCGAAGCAUCUCUUCUCUACCAAAGCCAAACACUCUAACUCCGUUUUCUCACCAGCGUUGAUAAACUCCGCGCUCACUUUGGCGGCUUCUGGCCCCGACGGUUCUUCAGUCUCCAACGAGAUCUUCUCCUUCCUGAGGUCUUCUUCAACCGACGAACUCAACGCCGUCUUCAGCAAGCUCGUUUCCGUUGUCUUCGCUGACCAUAGCUCCCACGGUGGACCAAAGAUCACGUCCGUCAACGGUGUCUGGAUCGAGCAAACGCUGCCCAUUGAUUCAUCGUUCAAGGAUCUCUUUGAGAAUGUCUUCAAAGCUGCUUUCGAUCGCGUAGACUUCCUAACAAACGCCGAACAAGUUCGUAUAGAGCUGAUUAAAUGGGCUGAAGAUCAUACCAAUGGUCUCAUCAAAGAUCUUCUUCCUCCUGGAUCCGUCUCGCGUCAAACCGGCUGCGUUUUUGGAAACGCACUGUUCUUCAAAGGAGCAUGGGAAGUUCCAUUCGACAAGUCUUACACAAAAGACACAGAGUUCCAACUUCUCAGUGGAACCUCAGUGUCCAUGCCAUUCAAUGGCGUUGUAUCAUAAAGCAUGUGUGGAGAUUGAUGAAGAAGGCGCCGAAGCUGCUGCUGCCACUUUUGUAGCCAGUUGUGGAUGUGCGAGAUAUAUGGAGCCUCCUAAGAGGAUAUAUUUUGUGGCAGAUCAUCCAUUUUUGUUCUUAAUUAGGGAAGACAAAACUGGAACUGUUUUGUUUGUUGGUCAGAUCUUUGAUCCUUCCAAGAAAUCUGCUUAGGCUUUCGCUUUAGUCAAGUUAUGACCGGAUAAGUUGAAUUAGGUUUGAGCUUUAUAUUCAAUCUUGAUUUUAUGAAUCAAUUGAUUCAUAUUUAUGUA